UACCCGUUAUGUAAAGGCGGAGACCCAGCCGCCGACCAUCAUCCAGCUCCAGCCAGUCUGAGUCGGUUACGUCAUCACGGGGGGGCGUUCCUUGGAGACGCGUAACUAAGGUGUAACGUUCGCGCAUGCGGCCUCCGUUCCACUGGUUCACUCAUUCUGCGGGCGACAUUGUGUUUACUUUCCAGCGGACAUAGGGACAAUGAAGCAGAACUCCAACGUUCCGGCGUUCCUGAGCAAACUGUGGACCCUGGUGGAAGAUUCCGACACCAACGAGUUCAUAACGUGGAGCCAGAAUGGCCAGAGUUUUUUGGUCCUUGAUGAACAACGGUUUGCAAAGGAAAUCCUGCCCAAGUACUUCAAGCACAAUAAUAUGGCCAGCUUUGUGAGACAGCUUAAUAUGUAUGGUUUCAGAAAGGUAGUCCAUGUGGACUCUGGAAUUGUAAAGCAGGAGAGAGACGGACCAGUUGAAUUUCAACAUCCUUUUUUUAUUCAGGGGCAAGAUGAGUUGUUAGAGAAUAUAAAAAGAAAGGUAUCCUCUACAAGACCUGAAGAAACAAAAGUGAGGCAGGAAGAUAUAUCCAAAAUAUUGAGCAGCGCAGCUAAAGUUCAAGUUAAACAAGAUACUAUUGACUCAAGACUGUUCUCACUGAAAAGGGAAAAUGAAGCAUUAUGGAGAGAAAUUACAGAUCUGCGGGCUAAACACUCUCAACAGCAGCAAGUUAUUAGAAAGAUUGUCCAGUUCAUUGUGACCUUGGUGCAGAAUAAUAGCUUAGUGAGCUUGAAGAGAAAACAGCCAUUACUUCUGAACACAAAAAGUUCCCCUAAAGCCACUAUACUACAGACAUUGGUUAAAGAAACUGGAGAGGACAAACGCCAUGUCCCACUUAGGACAGAAGCUUUAAACAGAGGGGAGAUUUCUGAUGAUAUAGUAAUCUAUGACAUAACUGACAACAUGGAGGAUGAAGGAGAGAAAAACCAUGCCACCCCUGACAUUUCAAAUACUCCCUCUCCUGAUACAGUAAAUGCUCACAGUUCCCCCGAAAUUGUAAUAGUGGAGGAUGACAGUGAAGAUGAAAAUGUCCCAGUUACUCAAGAUAGAGCCGCAGAUGCAAUUGGGUCACUGAGCCCAGUACGGGAGGACGUUUCAAGCCCACUGAUGUCUGGUCCUCUGCAACUGAACAACCAGUCUUCACUUAGCACAGAGGACCCUGUCUCCAUGAUGGAUUCUAUUCUUAAUGAAAGUGGUGUCAUUUCUCAGAAUAUCAAUCUGCUUGGAAAAGUGGAACUGAUCGAUUAUCUAGACAGCAUUGACUGCACAUUAGAAGACUUCAAAGCUUUACUAUCUGGACGUCAGUUCAGCAUAGACAGAGACCUGCUGGUAGAUCUGGAGACCAAAGGAAUGGAGACUUUUAGAAAUGGAGAAACCUUUCCUGAAUCCCCUAAUUCCACUGCAGAUUCCAAGAAACUGGACCAGCAACUUGUGCAGUACACAACAUAUCCACUUAUGGCUUUCCUGGAUGGUGAUUCUAGCCCUUUUGUAUCAGAGACACAGACGAGCAAAACAAAUGAAACGGACAAUCUUUUGGAAUCUAGCCUGGACUGUGAGCCGACACAAAGCAAACUAUUGCGGCUAGAGCCUCUGACUGAAGCAGAAGCCAAUGAAGCUACCCUGUUUUAUUUAUGUGAACUUGCCCCAGCACCCCUGGACAGUGACAUGCUGGACACCUAAAGUGCUGGGAUACCACACACCUGUAUAUAUUCAUCAAAAUGAUGAACUAUUUAUUUAAGUAUCAUUUUGGUACUGUUCUCUUCUUUUUGGUGUUUUUUCUUUUUCCAGACACUGGGAUUUCACAUUUUGUUUAUGCACAAUAGCAACCAAUUUUAGUCAAAGACAAUGUUUUAUAAUCCAAAGUUUAUUUUUUGCUCAAAUUGUAGGUUAGAUCCUGCGCUCCAUUAUACCAUUUUGCUUUCAUAUGUAAUGUGUAUAUACCCUGCUCUAUGGUGUCAAAGGUUAAUCUGCCGCAAGCACUUACAACAAGACUGCACCCCAAUAACAUUAUGCACCUUGCAUUCUGUCUUGGUAAGCAUCACUAUAUGAUGUGCAGUGUGCCUUGUAUUAAAUCAGCGGUUCCGGAGCAGGAGUGUAUAUCUAUAUAAACACUAUGUUGGAAUUAUAUACUGUUUAAGAAUAAUUAUGGAAAGUGCAAGAAAAUGUGAGCUAGGAACUAAAGUGCCUGUCCUUUUAGUGUGCUUUGAACAGCAAUUUUUAUUUCAAGGGACCAAUGAAUCUCACUGUUAUGUAAACCCAUUCAUGCACUACUUACAGAAGGUGGCUUAAUAUGGCAGUGAAUUAUUUUACCUAAAUAAACAGACUUGUCCAUGA